AUGGCUCACAGCACGACCGCCACGGCGUCGCACACGUUGCUCAAAUACUCUCGCUCAUAUCCAAGUCAACGACCCAGUACUGGACCGAGUGGAAUAGAGGCGGAAUGGCAGCACUUCGCAAAUCCAGUCAUCCGUUUAGUGUUGGACACCAGAAAGUCGGCUAGGGGCGAGCUCGAGUCUGUCAGGCUGCGCAUCUUGUGGUCAAUGGACACCGGGCUGGACUCCAUGGAUGCUGGCCAGGGUGAAGUUACUUUCGAGGACCUGGACCUCUUGACCUUCUCGUCUCUCCAAGGGAGUAUACUCUCCCAGACAAGCCAGUCUCAAAGUCUCCCUCUGAAAGCCGUGUAUCGGGAAACCAUGGUCGGAAUUCGCUAUCUCCACCCGCGGGUAGUCACUGCGGGCACAACUCCUGUUUGA